AUGCUGACCCCGGGGCUCGCGCGCCGCCGCCGCCGCCCGCUGUGGGUGGCCGUGGCGGCGCUGCUCGUGCUCCAGGCCAGCGGCGGCCACGCGCUGCUGUCUGCCGUCGCAGGUGUGCCGGCGCUGCCCGCCAUCGCCCUCAGCCUCCUGCUCGGCGUGGCCGUCAUGCUGCUCGUCGUCGUGGUUUGUACGCGGGCUCCAGGCCACGCCGCCCGCUCCGCCGCCUCCGCCCGUGACCGCAGGGCCCCGCCAUCGCCAUCGCCGCCGCUCGAGCUGCUGCUGCUGCUGCAGGAGGAGGAGGAGGAGGAAUCGGCCGCCUGGAAGAAAGCCGGACAGCACGAGGAGGCAAAGAAGAGGAGGAGGAAAGAGAAAGCGAAGGAGCCAGUGAAUGGACAUCCUCCCAUCUCUAAUGAUAUAGAACUGCUUGUUGGGGAAGAAACCAAAGGUUUAUUAACAGCAGAGAAGAAACAGAUUAAGACCAAGAAGAAAAAACAGCGAAUGGAUGAGAGAUCAUCAAAGGAACCAAAUAUUUCAGCCAAUGGAAAUGUAAAUGAGGAAGAAGCGGGGGAUUGGGUGACUAAAAUCAGCAACCGAGAGAAGCGCCAAUUGAGGAAAGAGCGACAGAAGAAGAAGAGUGAUACAGGCAGCUGCCUUGAUCCUAGUUUUUUGGGUCAUUCUGACGGACGUAGGACCACCUCAAAACCAGCCGGAGACAACAGGGGCUCAGAUGAUCAGGAAGAGAGCCCUGGAUGGAGCUCCCCGCCUGUUUCUGUGAUUGACCCAGCAGUCAGCUGGAACGAACUGGCCAACAAAACCAGCGGCUGGCAGCUCACAACUGGAGGAGGGGCAGAUGCUGACCGCCUGGGCUGGGGGCUCUUAGACAGACCCGUGGCCACCUCAGGGUGGGGAGGAACGGUGAAGGAACCGAGCAGCAGUGGGGUUGACUGGGACACUAUGGAAUCGGUGGAACAGGACAUCUUUGCUAAUAUCGGAACCUGGGACAACAAGACAGGUGUUAAAUGCCCGCCUGUGACCUUUGGCGCAUUUCCUGACUCUUCCUGCGAAGCAAUUACCCCUGAUAACACCUCAUCUCAAGAAAGUCCGUCCAGAGGUCAAAUGAGUGCAUCACUCUCGCCUCCUACGGUUGACGAAGCAUGGCUUGGACUUGAAGAUCCGUUUGCAGUUGACCUUGACUCGGAUUGGAGCCCACCAACAGAGGAAUGGGGCAAUUGGACAGGACAGGAAAUUUUGACAGUCCAUGAACUGGAGAAAGAGAAGCUGAAGGUAUCUGAAGAGGAAGAAGAAAAAUGUCAGAUGAACCCGAGUAGCGGCGGGAAAUCAAAACGAAAGAAGAAAAAGAAAAAAGGGAAACAAACAGACGAUGCUGCUGGAAACGAAGAGCUGAGAGAUGAUUCUCAAAAGAAGAUUCCGAGUGAGGAACAUUCAGUGGGAAUGGUAUUGGAACAAUCAGAAAUCAGGGAGCAACAGUGUUUAAUGGAGAUUCCUCUUACAGAAACAUGGAACACAGGACCCAGCACAGCAUCUGAUAAAAGCAAUGACUUCAUUCUGAACAGCACAAAAACAGAGAGGAAGAAAAUGAAAGCCAGAAGAGAAACUUGACAAUGUCUUUUGAUUUGUGAAAAUGCUUCAGAUUUUACUGAUAUUGGUUACUAGCUACAAGCUACAAGCGUUCCGCUGCAGGAAGCAUUGCACUAAGCCCAUAAAAUGAAGAAAGGGAUAAAACAGUAGGAAUCUCUGGUCUAGUGUUGGAAACUGCAGAGCAAAAUAAAUGGAGCUGCUGGA